AUGCAUGCUACCAUUGCUCUGCGAAACGCUACCCGCACCCCGCUCAUCCGCUUCGUCGGCAAGCGCUCUGUCCCUCAGACUAUUGACCACACUCCCCGUGCUCACCCGGCCUCUCCUACCGGCACUCUCCCCGACUCUUUCGCCGCCUACCGGGCCAAGGCCCAGCAACACGGUCCUCUCGGACGUGCAUCUUUCACUCAAGGCUCAGUCGGCCGCAGCCCGGGAGCUUCCCUCGGACCCAUCCAGCCCAAGCAGGGCGAGUUCUUCGACCGCACCGACCUUCCCAACCGCUUCCACCGUCUGCCCUACACUGAAGCCGAGAUUGAAGCCAUUGAGACUGGCGGCGCCAGUCUAUUCGCUUAA